AAAAAAAAUAUGUGAUACCCAACACUUUUUAUAAGCGGAGCUAAAUAACUGCAAGACUGAGUGAUUUUUUGUCAAGAGAAAUCUAUCGAAAGAAUUUUACGUGUUAUAUCCCAUCUUACCAGCAGAGCAGCUCCCACCAUCUCAGCCUGCUAGCACCCCGUCUACUUCAGAUCAGAGGCCUGAUUAGUUUAUUCUCAGCUGAGGAACAUCUUUUUUUUUUUUUUGACUCUUCAAGGCUAUAUUUAUAUCACACAGUGCUGCCCUGUACAAAUUAAAUAUCCGAGCCUCCCCAACAGACUUUGUCAGUGGCAUCAAAUAUUCCCCUUAGCCCUAGAUCUCAGAUUCAUCUUCUGCUCCACUCAUCAGUUGCUGCUCAACUACCAAUGCAUACACCCGCUGAAGGCGCCUCACCGGCGGUCAAGUCUGAAACCACAACCAUCCCUACACGCUACAAAAGACCCAGGUCCUCGCGCGCCUGCCAGGUCUGCCACUCGCGCAAAGUCCGUUGCAACGUAAUGGACCAGAUGCCGUGCUCCAACUGCGUUACCUUUGGCUGCGAAUGUCUCAUUCCAGAUGCCAAAAAGGCGAAAGCGCGGAGUGCCGAGUUGGUGAAUAGCCCCAAACCGGAAGAAGAGUAUGAAACGCCAGCCCCAACUCCAGCACCAUUGGCAGCGGUCCUGCAUCCCAAACAGGGCAUUCAGCCGGUCCCCGUCCCGCCUCACACCUUCGCCGGCCCUACGACCCCGAAAACCCCCCAAACCCCGAAGAAUAUGUCUCUACACAGCGCCGCGAUCGAGACACUUCAGCACCCCGUGGAUGCAGUGUUAAACUCUCCACUCCUUGACCCACUCGAGCUUGAGAUUCUCCAGCUCCGGGGUGCCUUCAUCACGCCGUCCAAGGCCUGUUGCUUGGAAAUGUUUGAGGCCUUCUUCACAUACAUCCACCCGAUCCUUCCGAUCUUCAACCGCACCCAUUUCUACAAGCAGUUCAUGGACUCGUAUCUGACUGGAAACGAAGAGCCAACCUCCAGACCCAUGUCGCUUUUGCUCAUUCACUCACUCUGUGUGGCGGGGUCUCGUGUGGUCAACAAAAACUCGCUCAUGUUCACAGAGUUCCCCAACAGAGACCGCGACGGAAUCUCGCUUGACUUCUAUAAACGCGCAAAGUCCUUGUACGACUCUUCGUACGAAACGGACCCCAUAACGGUCGUGCGCUCGCUCCUCCUCCUCUCGUGGUUCUGGGACGGGCCGGAUGACGUCAGUCGCAACUCCUUCUACUGGUGUCGCAUCGCCAUCUCGCUUUCUCUCGGCUUUGGUUUCCAAAGGGACGUCUCUCAUUCCGCCACGAUGGAAAACUGGGAGAAGAAGAUCUGGCGAAAGGUCUGGUGGUGCUUGUUUGUGCGUGACCGUCAGGUAGCGCUUGCCUUUGGGCGGCCGGUGGCGAUAGAUCUCGAUGACUGUGACGUUCCGAUGCUAGUGGAGCUGGACUUUGACGAAUCGGACACUAUAUAUAAGGGGGAGCUGGUGCGCGCGCCACCCUUCGAGUCCGGUGCCCUCGAAGCCAAGUUCUUUAUCGAACUUAUCAAACUUUCAGAAAUUACCGGGAUCAUUAUCAAACAGCAGUACCUGGUGCGUGCGUCCAAUCUCCAGGCCAACAACAAGAUCCCCGUCAUCCAGCACUGCGACUUGGUUCUCAGUAACUGGUUUAACAACCUCCCCUCACUGUUACAGUUUCUUCCAUCCAACGAAGCAGAAAACACAAGGCGCCACGAGGAAAACCCCAUUGCCAGCUACGUCCUGCUCCUCCUUAACGUCGAGUAUUAUUCCAUUUUGUGCUUAGUUCACCGUUCCAACAUUCUCCGCCGGUCCAAGGGCUUGCCCGAAACCCAUGAAGGGGAUCCGACUAAAACGGACUACCCCUCGCAGGGCAUCGCCUACCAGGCGGCCUAUAUGACCACGGUGAUUGCCCAGGCAAUGCUCCAAUAUGACCAGCUCAAGUACUGUCCGUCGUUCAUCUGCUACACGUUGUUCAGUGCGAGUAUGAUCAUGUCCCUGACUUUGAGAGGCGACAGUACCGGUGAUCGCUUGUUGGACCAAUCGGGAGAGGUAACCAACAUUGAGGCUCUCGAGCACAAAAGGAAGGCUCUUGAGUGCUUGAACAUUCUUGUUGACGCGUUGCGAAACAUAGGCCACAUCUGGGGCUUUGCCAGGCUUUCGGUGUUGAUUAUUGAGGCCAUCUUGAGCACCACCAAUAUUGCCAAGAAAGGGAAUCACAAGCGGUCCAAGACCAAGACAACUGCUACCGACCACUCUAAGAGAGUGUUCAGUAACAACAGGAGCGUCACUGCGAUCGGGAACAUUAUGGAUAGGCAAAGUUCGGGAGAGUCGUUUAUCACGUCUUCCUAUCCCGCCCUUCCCCUUUCCGCUGCGUCGUUACUGAAAAGCAGUGAGCGCAGAGCCCAACACGAGAAUCUCUUUCAUCCGCAAAUGACUCUUCGUCCGGGCUACCCCGGAAAUGGCCACGAAGAGUUACGAGCUGAGCCACCCGGCCAGUCCCAACUGCAUUCUCGGACUCCGUCUCUGGUCCAACCUCCUCAGCUUCCAUCCCAGGCCCCUCUUGUUUCCCAUCUAAACGGCGAAAGAUCAAUGUCCCCGGUGAAUGAUACCUUCAAGUUCCAAGUUGACGACUUCCCCGAUAUCCACUUACUCAUCAAUGAGAUGCCACCGGUGACUCUGUUCAUGCCCAGCUCGCUAUUCCCGGCAUUUGACUUUUUUCUGACCGGGGAUAUGAAUGGCGAGGAGAAUGGAGGGCCGGGUAAUUCUAGCAUGGAUGGCCUGACACCUAUUCUGACGAAUGGGUCAUAUGCGUCUUCUGAGAUGAUGGGCACGUCCAAUGGAGCAACGGCAGAAUGGGAUAGCCUCUCGUUUGGCGGCUUUGGAGGGUUGUUUGGUAUGCCUCUGGCGAUGCGCGUGGAAGGGCGCACCAGAGGGACGCCCCCUCUCGGCUCGCGGCCGGAAUCCCCGGCAAACUGGAUGAAUUUUCUCAAUUCCUAAUAGAUAUUAAUAAGUAUAUGUCAACAUCUCUGAGAGCUAAAACGUAAGCGUUAGAAAAGGCAGGUCGCAAGAUGUUCGAAAACUAGCAUUCAC